CAAACUACCGUUAUGCUCACCAUUAUUCGAAUAAAAAGUGAAAUACUAAGACGUCGCUUUUCGUUUGGAUUUUGUUAAUAUUUGCAUUGUUUUAUUCGUGACAAACAAAAUGCCUCGUAGAAAUAGAAAAAAAAGUUCACUUAGUGAUCGUUUAGACAUCAUACGGAAAAACAACGUUUCAGCUGGUAUAACUGGAAUGAUUAGUGACAAUGAUGCCGCGGACAAAAGUAAAACUAAGUCGAUUUCAAAUGAAAUGCAGCCAAUUCCCGAAGGAUGCAUUUGUCAACGUGAUGCCAAAACAUUUGUGUGCAUCUGUUGCAAAAUGUUCAGUUUCGGACGUAUCUCUGAGUCUUGUCCUAUUCACCCAAAUGUUACUUACUUGAUGGAUUUCUCGUGCUGCCCCUAUUGCUAUGGACAGGCUGAACACCUUCACGUUGUUAAUAUGGAAUAUGAACGAUAUUUCAAGACAUAAUUUGUAUAUACAUACAUACUCAUCAUGCUUGCGGUUAGUGAAUAUAAAAUAAUUAUUUAACAUAAACAACUGCGUUCGAUUUGAUUUUAUAAACCUUUUGUUAUUACUAUUUAGUUGUAGUAAAUGAACUGAAAUCUUCUAAUUUUAACUUAAUUUAAAAAAUAAAUGCACACAUGAAAUGCCGCUAUGAACAUUAA